AGCGGUGAGAAAACAGGGAAACAGCAAAGCGCAGCCGCGUAAACCACUGUGACGAACGCAAAAUCAACUUCAACGCGUCGGUCGGUCGCGCGAAGCGAAGCCUCGUCUUUCGCACAUCUGAGAAUUCCCGAAAUAUGGAUCCAGCUUGAACACUUGAAACAUGCCCAAAACCUCCUCAAAACCACCACCCCCGACGUUUUCAUCCCGCUCAAAGGCUCCGACCAAGCCGAUGUCUAAAAGUUCAGCCAGCAGCAACAUCACGCCCGAGACCGUCCUCAAGUAUGACAAACCGUCCGAAGGGUUUCUGUGUCCUAUAGAUGCGAAUAAGUACUUCGAGUUCCUGGAGUUCCGGAUCCGAGAUAUGGAAUCAAACAAGAUCAUAUUCGAAGUCCUCCGCCCCUCCCACGAAAUCGACUGGACCCACCCCACCCCACCCGGCACCGACGACACCCGCACUAUAACCUACACAUUCCUCGCCUCCCUCCUCGCCACCCCCACGAUCGGCACAACCCUCGUCUUUGCCGUCUGCCCACAGGGUAUCCCCAACUUCCGCAUGAUCGAGCGGCAUUAUUUCAAAGGGAGGCUGAUCAAGGGGUUCGAUUUCGUGUUUGGGUUUUGUGUGCCGGGAAGUGUCAAUACGUGGGAGGCCGUUUAUGAGAUGCCGGAGAUUAGUCAAGAGUUGCAACAAGAAAUGAUAGCAUCACCAGACGAAACAACCUCCGAUAGUUUUUAUUUCAUCGACGACCGUCUGGUGAUGCAUACCAAGGCGCUGUAUCGGUAUGAGGAGUCGGGGGAGAAUGAUGCGGGGGAUUCCUGAUCGGUGUAUACCAUUGGAGGAAGCGGACAGUACAUAGGAUUUUGGGUUUUCUGUUCUGUACAAAAUGACAUAUCGCAAGUCAGAUCAUUGACUUUUUGAUGAUAACGAUGGUUCGAUUAAAAUGACGAAAAUGGAGUAGAUACGACAGGAAAGUUGAAAUAAAUAACCUAGACCCAAAUCUCAUCCUACGAACUAAGAAAACAAAAAUGCACUUUCUGAAGAACAGUAGCCAUACGGCCAAUGGUGGGUGAGUAAUGAUA